AUGGUUCUGAGGUGGCUGCAGAUGGCGGUGUUUAUUCCGGUCAUUCCUGGGGUUGGAUCUUUCCAAACUCUGCUCGUCUGUUUACAGGAACGACACAAGCGCCGUGACCCAGACUCUCUUCCUGCUGCUGAAUCCUCAUUAAAGCUGAGCACCGCGCAGAGGCUCACGGUCCAACCCGCUCCACAGCUGCCUGCAGACGGCUACAUGAGGCGCGCACGGGCCCUGGAGGUCGCCGCGGCUUCAUGGUUCGGCCAGAGCGGGCAUGGGGCCGGGCGGACAGGGGGAGAGAGGCCGAGGUGA